UGAGUGCCAUAAAAAUGAUUUGUCAAAUUAUUAAUUCAAAUAUUUCGAUAUCGGAUUAAAGGAAAUACUUCCUGCGGCUGGCCUAAUUCUGCCGCAGAAGAAUAACAGUGCAGCAGUUACGGCCGCAACAAAGUGUGAGACCGAAACCGAAACCGAGACCGAGACCGGGACCAGACCUCGCCAUAAGCCCGUUCCCCGUGCAGCAGAAGCCGGGCGGUAAUUAGCAGCCACAUCAAUUUCCAGCUCGGACUUAAUUAAACGCGUGCUGCCAAUGCCCAGCUACGUUCCAGGACGAAUUUUCGCCGGAAAUUAGUUGAAAUUUACAGCCCGCAACAGGCGGAAAACAAAUGCGCUCACCAUCGUUGUUCCAGCAGCUGCUAUCGUGCCCGGUUGCGCCUGCGCUGUCGUUGUUGCACUGAUCCGUCAUACAUCCAAAAAGUUUGCGGAGAAAUGGCUGGGAGAAUACAACAAGCACGAGGCGGCCAUACCACCGUCCCAGCCACCGCCACGCUUUUGAUGCUGCUGCUGCUGACGAGCUGCGGUAAACUUCAACAGGCGUCGGGCCACCCUAUGUAUGGGGGGCAGCAAUUAGCGGGGCCAUGGGGCGAGGGAGCAACUACAGCUAUGCCAAGGACGACACUGCCCUCUACGGCAUCAAGCGGCAAUUUAAAUUCCAAAUUUGCAACGGAGCCAGCAGCAGCACCACCCACCGAAACCAUAAAAACCAUAGAAGAGCAGCAGGUGACAGCCGCAGUGGAGGGCGAGGUCUUUCAGGUGACACCAGCAGGCGCGGGAGAACCUACAGCAGGCCAAUUACCUUUAAGUCUGCUUCCGACAGCCGCAUCAAGUGCAACCCGAACUGUAGUAUCCACAACAAAAGAAGAAUAUGAAGCUUCUGCUACGUAUUUUGUGUUCGGCAUCCAGCAGCAGGAUAUGAAGAUAGAUGCGGCAACAACAGCAGAAAGUGCUACAGAAGCAGAACCGAGAGCAGCGCCAGAUUUGGCAGAAGCAGCAGCAUCAGCAGCAAUCGAAAGUGCUGAGGCCACGGUAGCAACUGUGGAGGCAGCCGCAGAGACCGGGGGACAUCGGAUGCGAGUCAUGCAUGCACAAGACGCAACAGAGGCACCAGAGGCAGCAGGGAUUCCCUUACAAACAACAGUAUUAUCCAAGCAAAAUGUGCAACCAAUUGCCGCAGCAGCAGUAAUAGGAGUGGGUGCCGCAGAGCCACAGCCAGCCACAGAAAUGUUGAAAGCAUAUAGUGAAACUACAGCUGGAACAGCACCAACAGCUCCAAUAAGAGAAAUAAAAGGGAAGCGCGUGGCGCCAACGACACCCACCCCCACACCCACACCCAUGCCGACAGCAACAAGAACAACGGCGGUGCCACCGCAUGUUGAAAAUAAAAACGUUGCCCAGGCUGGAAUCAAAUUAAAUAUGGAGAUGUUGGCUGCCACACAGAGCUAUGCAAAUGCCACUGUGGCCGGGGCCGGGGACGGUUCGGCGUGGGGCGAAACACAACAAACAGAUCCAACGACAAUAUUGACAACAAUAGAAACAACGCUUCAGACAGCAGCCCCCCCGGGAGUGGGGAAAACCGUGCCAGCACCCAGAUUAUUGGGAGGAGCCGGUAUAAUGUUGCAGCUCCUGGCCAAUUCCCUGGGCAGCUCCGCUUCCCCUUACCCUCACCCUCGCCAGCUCCCAAAUCCGUGUGGCCUGUAAAGCA